UACAUUAAAAUCUAUAACCACACAAUCGCAAUUUAUGAUAGAUUUAGUAUAACUGUAUUGAUGGUUAUAAUUUUUUUCUAUAUACAAAAUUGCACUUAAAUUUCGAUUUGUUUCUAAAAACCACAUCUACGAAUAUUUAAUUGGUCAAUAAUCAUGAUAUAGAAUUCCACUGCCACGCUAAUGUCGUGUAUAUCAUUGUGCAUAAUUGCAUAAACAUCGGCCCUAGUAAUUAUAUUAACACUAUAUAUAUUGCGUUUUGAGGUUUUCUCUUUUCUAUACUUCCAACUUCUCUCUAUCUAUCUCCUUCGUCUCUCGAUCUCUCCGUCUCUCUCUUUGUCUCUUCGACAUCGAAAGAGCAGGGUCAAAGACUAAACAAUUAUGAGCGAGGAGAAAGAUUACAUGUCGGAGCCAUUUAUCGUUAAGAAGAUUGAUGAUGAAGAAGCAUCGCUUGAUGAUUAUAAUUCACAGGGCAAUUCUUCUUUCUCCAAGACUUGUUUCCAUGGCAUUAACGCUUUAUCAGGUGUGGGUAUAUUAUCGGUUCCUUAUGCUUUAGCAUCCGGAGGAUGGCUAAGUUUGAUCAUACUUUUCACCCUAGCUAUCACAACUUUCUACUCUGCCAUUCUCAUUAAGAGAUGUAUGGAAAUGGAUCCACUUCUUAGAUCUUACCCGGACAUUGGCUACAAAGCCUUUGGAAACACAGGACGUGUCGUCGUCUCCAUCUUCAUGAACCUCGAGCUUUACCUAGUCGCCACUAGUUUCUUGAUCUUAGAAGGUGACAACCUUAACAACCUCUUCUCAAACGUUGGAGUCAACUUCAUGGGGCUUGAAUUCCAAGGCAAGCAAAUGUUCAUCGUCCUUGUAGCUCUCAUUAUUCUUCCCUCGGUUUGGUUAGACAAUAUGAGGAUUCUUUCUUAUGUUUCCGCGAGUGGUGUCUUUGCUUCCGGGUUGAUUCUUGCUUCUAUCUUUUCGGUUGGAGCUUUUGAAGGAGUAGGGUUCAAGAACAAUGACUCAGAGGUCUUUCGUCUUAAUGGAGUUGCUACUUCCGUGAGCUUAUACGCGUUUUGUUAUUGCGCUCAUCCGGUUUUCCCAACUCUAGACACUUCUAUGAAGAACAAACGCCAAUUCUCAAACGUUAUGAUUAUAUGUUUCACAAUAUGCACAUUCAUAUAUGCAUCAGUGGCGAUAUUGGGGUACUUAAUGUAUGGAUCAUAUGUUGAAUCACAGAUCACACUGAAUCUUCCUACUGAUAAGCUUAGUUCAAAAGUGGCGAUAUGGACUACAUUGGUCAACCCAAUAGCUAAGUUUGCUCUCAUGGUUACACCAAUUAUUGACGCAAUGAGAAGCCGGUUUUCUCGAUUUUUGCCUAAUAAAAGAGCUUCCGGGUUUUUACUUAGUACGAUGUUGGUUACUAGCAAUGUGAUUGUGGCAUUGCUUCUUCCAUUUUUCGGUGAUCUUAUGAGUCUUGUCGGAGCAUUCUUGAGCGCUUCCGCAUCGGUUAUAUUGCCAUGUUUGUGUUACUUAAAGAUUUCCGGGAAAUAUCAAAGACUCGGAUUCGAAACACUGGUGCUCAUCGGAAUCAUUCUAACCGGUAUCGUGGUUGUGAUAACGGGAACUUACCAAGCGAUCAAGGACAUUUUUGGCCGAUUUUGAAAUCCCAAUAGGUGAAGUCUUGCUUAUAGAAUAUUUGUUUAGGAAUAUAUUUGUACCAUCAAUACCAUAAUAUUUUUUAUUUAAUUUAAUUUGUUGUGACUU